AUGAAUGAAACUUUUGAAUAAUGUCUAUCCAUGCAAUCUGGCAAAAAUAAGAGUUAACGAAGUCCGAUAUAAGUCAAAUUUGUUACUUAACGUAGUUUUUAAACAAAUAAAUAAACUAAUUCUGAUAAUGAAUAGUAACGAUUACUUUUGGAUUAUUCAAGAUAAGGAUUAAUUAUUUUUAAUGUAAUUUAUGAUUUAUCAUUAAAGGAUGGAAUGAUAUGGAAUGGUCUUUUACAUCUAAUGUUAAAUGAAAAUAAACUAAAAGAAUUUGACACAAAUAUUUUAAAAAAAACUCCAUUACUAUAAAAUCUAUCUUUGGAGAAUAAUUAAUUGUAAAUUUUUGGACCUAUUGAAUUUAAUGAUGUUCCUAAAUUAUCAACUCUUAAUAUAGCAAGAAAUCUUUUGAAAUAAAUAGAUCCUUCUAUAUGUAAAUUACAUCUUAAAAAACUGUAUUUAUAAUAAAAUUACUUUACUAAUAUAAGUAAACAAAUUAUGGACUUAAGCUAUACUUUAGAAGUAUUAGGUUUGGGUUGGGGCAUAUUUUGUUAAUCUUAAUUUGAUUUUUUAUUAGAGGAUUAGAAGUUGAAAGUAUUUUUUACAUUGGUGGAAGCUAUGUCUAAUGAAUUAACAUUUGAAUAAUACAUUAUGAAUUAUAAAUCAAUCAGCAGUGCAAUUAUUGUUACUUAAGGAGACAUUCUAAAUGAUAGCAUAAGUACAAAAAACCUUACCUCUCAAUAGAUUCUCAAAACGAACAACUCCUCACCCAAAUAAAGGAGUAUUUGAAUUACCAUUCACUUGAGAUUGAGACUUCAUUGAAUUACAUGAAUGAUUAUAAAUAAGUAUCUCUAUGGAUAAUAAUACAUUUAGAAUCUUAUGCAUUUAGCAGUAGUUUAUGAUGAAAUUGGAAUUUUAGAUUAUCUAUUAAAUCAUCAUUUAGAUUUGGCUAAUUAAAUAGAUCUUAAAGGACAUACACCAUUAAGUCUAGCAAUUGAAAAGAAAUAUUAUCGUUUGGUUUCUUUGAUAUUGUAAUUCAAUAUAAAUGUGAAUUUAGGAGGUGGAUUAUAAUCAUCAAAUUUACACAUAGCAGCAUAACAAUGUUAAGUUGAAUUACUUAAGGAUUUGAUAGAUUUAGGAGCAAAUCCUGCAUAAUAUGAUAUUUUUAAAGAUACUCCAUUACAUAUAGUAAGUUCUUAUAGUGAUCAUAAAAGAGUUAAAUAAUUUUAUUAAGUUAUUUUAUAAUAGCCAUUUGAUGUAAAUCAUUAAAAUUUAAAAGGAUAAACUUGUUUAGAAAUUUUAAUAGAAAAAAACAAUUUUUUUACAUUAUAAUUUUGUAGUGAAUGGAAUACAACAUAGAUGAGAUAAUUUAAUGAUGAAAAUCUAUUUAAUUUUUGCAGUAUAAAUCCUCAUACAAAAUUAUCUUUAUUGGAUAAAUCAAUAUUAACCAAAAGUUUUAUGAUACAAUAAUUUUUAAUUGAUUUUUAACUUGUUCCUAUUACUUAUUAAACAUUAAUGCUUUGUUUUUUACCUAAAAUUCGUAAUGUUUUCUUAUAUAAAAUAUUAAAGAAAUAAUAAUUAAUAUAAAUUAGAAAUUCACUUAUCCUUUAAAAUAGUAAUUUGAAUGAAGAAGUUGAUAGUAUUCCAAAUGUAUCUCCUCCUGUAAAAGCAAUUGAAAAAUUUAAUUUGAGUGAUGAAAAUAGCUCUUUUGAUGAUGAUUAAAUGAGUAAUAUUAGUGAUAAUGCACCUGGUUAAGUAUCAGAAAAUUUAAAGUAAUUAAAUAGUUGGAUUCCUAAAUUUUAAACUAUAAGAAAUGGAAAUGUUAAUCUUAAAAAAUCAUUUUAUGAUAUCUUAUCUAAUCUAACUGAAUGCAUACCAGAUGAUGAAAUAUCAUUGAUUCAUUUCAAUAAAGAUAUUAUAAAUAAUGGAAGUAAAUUAGUUACUAAAAAAAAUAUGGAUUAAAUUUAUACAUCAAGAUUAGAACACAAAUUAAGUAGAGGAAAUAAAUAAAAUUUAAAAUAACAUAAUUAUUCUCCCAAUAAUAUUCGAAUGAUAGAAAAUAGAAAUUCAAUAUUUAAAUAUGAUAAUUAUCAUUAAAAAAGAUAAUUAGCAAUUUUGUAAAAGUAAAUGCGUUAAAUUAUAAUUAAUCUCCAAAAUCAUUUAAGAGAAUCUAAUUAAUAAAAUGAAGAAAUUAUAGGUUAGUAUUUUAGAACUUAAUUUUAAAUCUUAGAUUAGUUCUUGACUUCCAAAAUAGGAAAAGAAUUAAUCACUAUUGAUAAACCUCUCCAAACUGAAAUAAGAACAUUAAGAACAUUAAUUGAAUAAGAUAGAUUCAAACCAAAAACUAUUAAUCAAGUAAUUGAUUUGUUUGAUUUAUUAAAAUGA